CCCAUCAAGCCCGCGUUGGGCUCAAGUCCCAGGGGGACGUUGGGGCUUUCCUUAAGCGACGCGUGGACGGGGGACGAAGAACCCCUCCAUGGGGGGAGCUCCAUGAACCCCUUCAUCACGGGGAGUCCGGACGACUCCUCCGAAGACUGCAUGGAGGACAAGUGUGAUGGAUACCUCCAGCAGAAGCUGGUGAAGGGCGAGCAGGAGGACAUCGCUGGAAAUUACUUCAAACCAAAGCGAGCCACCGAGCUGCUCGUCAGAUUCCAGGAGGAUCCAGGCAAGAAUCCAAAACCAAAACCAUCUUCCCACAAUUUGGGGAUGUCACUUUCCCAAAGUAUGUGGGUGAACUCUAUGGGUCUCAGCAACUCCCUGGGGAACAACAUAGGGGCAGGCAUCAACGGAGGAGGAUCUUAUAAUUCCUCUUGGGGUUCCACCAACUCCUCAAAUGGGGGAUUUGGUGGAUCCUAUGGGGGAGGUGGAAGUUUCACCAACAACUUGGGUCAAAGUAUGGCGGGUGGAGGCCUGGGUGGAGCAGGUGAUUCCUACAAUGCUUCCACCAACGGCUGGUUCGGAGCGUCAGGCAACACGCAGACAAGCCCAGACUCGCGCAAGCCUGCGCGUCUCAACGCCUUGGGCGCCUCCACCAACGCCUUGGGCGUCUCCACCAACGCCUUGGGCGCCUCCACCAACGCCUUGGGCGCCUCCACCAACGCCACCGCCGGCAGACGCGCAGGCGCCCGCAGGACUGAUGAUCUCGACGCCAUGCAGCUCUUCUAGCAUCCCGAGCUGCGUCGUGGCAGGCGACGUCUGUAACAUCAGUUCCACGAAGACGUCAAUUAUAAAAAUAAAAUAUAUUAAAAAAUCAAACAACGUUAACGACGCGGCUAGAGAAAUAUUUAUUUUCAACCAAGAGGAGAAAGUUUUUAUGAACUAUCAUCCUUUUAAUGCUCAUAAAUUGGGUGCUAAUAUCCUUUCAUGGAGACCUAAAAAAUUUUACUCUGAAAUGGCUAAUGUUCCUCCCUUAAUCAAUUUUAAUUUAAAUUUAAUUGAACGAAAUUACGAUCUGAUUGUAACCUUAUAGAUCCCAUCGCCGAAAAGCGGUUCGUUUCACUAAAUCAUCCUGUUCAACUUCCUCGUUUACAUUGAACUUCUUUACGCACUGGGAUAGCGUUUUGGCGUUUCAGUUAAGAUUUAUUUCAUUUAUGAUGUAUAAAUCGUAAAAUCUAAUGAACUUGAAGUCAUGUACGUAUUUAUUACUUCAGACUAUUGACCCUACUUACAGACACUGUACGCAUUUAUUAGUUCAGACAAUUGACCCUACUUAUUAGUUCAGACACUGAGCGUAUUUAUUAGUUUAGACACUCUACGCAUUUAUUAGUUCAGACAUUGUAGGUACGUAUUUAUUAGUUCAGACAAUUGACCUUACUUAUUAGUUCAGACACUGUGCGUAUUUAUUACUUCAGAAUAUUGACUCUAUUUAUUAGUUCAGACACUGUGCGUAUUUAUUACUUCAGACUAUUGUCCUUAUUUAUUAGUUCAGACACUGUACGUAUUUAUUAGUUCUGACUAUUGACCCUAUUUAUUAGUUCAGACACUGCACGUAUUUAUUAGUUCUGACUAUUGACCCUAUUUAUUAGUUCAGACAAUUGACCUUACUUAUUAGUUCAGACACUGUGCGUAUUUAUUACUUCAGACUAUUGACUCUAUUUAUUAGUUCAGACACUGUACGUAUUUAUUACUUCAGACUAUUGACCUUACUUAUUAGUUCAGACACUGUACGUAUUUAUUACUUCAGACUAUUGACCCUAUUUAUUAGUUCAAACACUGCACGUAUUUAUUACUUCAGACUAUUCACUGAGACCCUCUACUUCGUAUCAAAGCAUCAUCGAAACUAACGUUGAUGUUCAGAAAAACGAAUUUGUCACUGUAUCCAAAUCGUGACUAACUUUUCCAAUAAUUUCUCUCAGUGCACAUUUGCCGGUGUUUUUGAAGGAGCAUGUUUUUCAUGAAUGUAAACCUCGUGGCAUCUAAUUUUUUGAAUGCGAUUUAACUGUGCGUUACAAAAUACAUCAUAAAUUGUUACAUUAUUGCUGUGCUCGAAAAAUGUGUGUAACAAUUGCUGUGCUCGAAAAAUUCAAUUUAAUAUGAAUAUAGGUGAUUGUGGAGUAAUAUACAGUUAUUACUAACAACUCAAGUGAUCUUGUGUAAUGGGAUUAUGCGCUAAAUUAGUCAUUAGAUAAAUUAGUCGGUCAGAGUAACGGUUAUUCAUUAUAAGAUUUUUGGCUGAUGCCUGCAUUGACGUGAAAAAUAAAUAUGGAGUUUUUGAAAAUAUUUUUGAAUGUUUAAUACUUCAACAAGUUUAAAACCACUUUCCUGAUUAGUUUUAAUAACACAAUUAAAGGCAGAAGAAACUUUGUUACCUUUUAUGAUUUACAUAAACAAUGCAUGCUCCAAUAGAUUAAAUUAUGGUACCACAAAAAGUAAUCCUUGAAAAUUUACAAAUAUAUUCAUUUAAUUUAAACAUUUGUCUGAUAUACAGCAAGGAAGAAGCGAUAUAUACUAACAUAAAAUCUAAAACAAAAGAAAUACAUGAUGAUGUAGCACAACUGAGAUGUAGUGAACAAUGGAAUGAUGACGUAGCAUAAUUUUGUUGACAAUACAGGCUUUAGGGGAAUAGUGGCAUUAAUUUUUUUAGAAAAAGAAUUGAUUUAAUUAAUAAUUAGAAUUCUUAUUUCUAAUAUUAUUUUAUUAUAAAUUACAAAAGAUCCUAAAUCUCCAAAGAACAAAAUUAGGAAAUGGAACGUCUGUACUCGAAAUGUUUGUCGUUCAAGCAGAGUUAAUCGCCAGAAGGACCAGAAAGAUGUAACGAAAAUAGAAGCCCUUUGUUUUUUCCUAAAGCCCUUUGUUUUUUUAAAAAAUAGAUAGAUAAUAAAUAGAUAAAAAAUAAAAGCCCUCUGUUCUUUUCUUAAGGGUUCCAAAAAUAAUGCUCAAAUUCAUCACAUUUAAGUAAUUCCCUUUAAUUAAAUGCAAAGUUUUUCAUCACGAAUACUUGGUUAAAUCAGUAAUAAAUGAUUUUCCGUUGUUCAUUUAAGGCCUAAUGGUUCAAUUACUUUUAUUAGAUAUAAGUUUUAACGUGAAACUUAUUAACACAGCCAAGCAAGACAAUAACCUGCAGUUUAGGUUGUUACAAGGUUUUAAAAAAGACUUGUGAAAUUAUUUUCAUCGGUCGGUAUCUCAUCUAAAAUUUACACCAUUUGCAAAAUAUCAUAGAUAUUUCAUCACUAGUGUUUGAGUUACUGGGACCAAACGUGGUGUUAGUGCAUUGUAUUUAUCUAUAUCUAUGUAUGGUUCUUAUCUUUAAGAACUAGUGUGAUAUUAACUAGUAACGUUAUGUACAUGCUCUUUAUACAGACAUCGACGUCCGUUGUACAAAGAAAGCUAUUUAUCUAGAAAAUCAAUUCACUGGGUAGUGUGUUAAAUGUAUUGUUCAGUGUUGUAUAAUGUAUAACCUCGCGUGGAUUAAAUUGAAUUAAAACAACCAUUUUCUACGAAUUCAACUCUUCACUGAAGUCUGCGUAGGAAUUCAAAUAUUUUCUUUGUAUUUUGAACAAGUUUCACAUAUGAACCGCUAAAGAAUUUCCUCAUUAUUUCGAUAACUGAUAAAUUCUAAUCAUAAUACAUUUCGAGCUAAAUUAACAAUUAAAUUUUUUGUUUAAGUUCACAUCGAUGUGGUUUUAAAUAGACCGCUGAUAAAAGAUCCAUUUCAAACCUAUUGACGUUAUUUAUUGGAAAUUCAGAAUUUGUAUAAAAUGCUGAAAAAACUAAUUUCGAGCUUCUUGAGAUCGAAAUAAUUACUCAUGUUAAGAGCGACAAUUUACCACUGUUAUGGUAUGCCAUGUGAUAAAUAUAUGCAUAAAUAAAGCUGUUUGAUGCUCA